CCAAAUUUUUUCCAGAUGGAAGAGGAGGAGGAGGAAAAGCCCUGGAGAUCCCGCACAAGGAGGGGCUGCAAACCCAGUCCAGGGAGCUGCGAGGAGGAAAGAUCCCCCCAGUGCCAGGAACACGGCCAGAGAUCCAGCCGGAGCUCAGAGCUGGGGGAGAAGCCCCACAAGUGCUUGGAAUGUGGGAAGGGCUUCAGAAAGAGCUCCUACCUGCUCCAGCACCAGAGGAUCCACUCUGGGGAAAAGCCCUACGAGUGUGGGGAAUGUGGGAAGAGCUUCAACCAGAGCUCCAACCUUUGGAAACACCAGAGGAUCCACAUGGGGGAACGGCCCUUUGAGUGUGGGAAAUGUGGGAAGAGCUUCAGAGAGAUCUCUAAUUUGAUGAGACACCAGGUGAUCCACACAGGGGAACGGCCCUACACCUGCUUGGAAUGUGGGAAGAGCUUUGGGUGGAGCUCCGGUCUGAGGGCACACCGGCGCAUCCACACUGGGGAGAGGCCCUACGAGUGUCCCCAGUGUGGGAAGAGGUUUCAGACCAGCUCCCGUGUCCUCAGACAUGAGCGGAUUCACACAGACGAGAGGCCCUUCCGCUGCCCCGACUGCGGGAAGGGCUUCAAGCACAACUCCACCCUCACCGUCCACCGGCGCAUCCACACUGGGGAGAGGCCCUACGAGUGUCCCCAGUGUGGGAAGAGCUUCUCACAGAGCUCUCACUUGACCCAACACCAACGGGGGCACCAGUAAGGGAAGCCCUGCGAGUGCCCCGAGUGCGGGAAGAGCUUCGUGCGCUGCUCCAGCUCCAUCCCCCAUGGGAGGAUGGGCGUUGGAUGAUCCCCAGUGACCCCCGUUGGGCAGAGCCCUGGUGAUCCGUGGUCCUGGUGAUGCGUGUUGGGAAGACACCUGGCUGGGAGGCUCCACAUCUUCCUGGCUCCCUGUGGGCACCUGGAUGAAAGCAGGGGAAUGAAAAUCUAACAGGAUACAGAAUGACAGUGGGAAUUGUUGACUUUAUAUCCUCAAGAAAAUUUUGCCUCAGGAGCUGUGUGGGCAGAGAAAAGGGGGUGACACCGGGCUUGGGGGCCCAGAGGGGAGCACAAACGCUCUGGGUGAGGGAGACACGACCCCCAGAACCCUCCCUCACCUUCCUGCACAGGCAGAAGCCGAGCCCCAGUGCCAAGAAGACGAAGCCCAACACUGAGACUCCAAUCCCCAUCAGCAUCUUGCGUUGGGCAGCGUUUGAUGGCAUCCCUGGGGCAUCUGCAGAGGUCAGGACCCCCAAAACCUCUCACAGACACCCCAAGCCCCUCCAAGGACCCUCCCAGUCUCUCCCAGCCCACCCAGGACCCUCUGAAACCUCCUUUGGAGUCACUAAUUUUAAACAAUUAAGAAUUUUAGAAAAAUUACAGAUCUUGGCUAGAGAUAGGCCUUGCUGGAAGUAGUUAGAGUUAAUGAUUAAGUGAGAAGCAGGAUUUGAGAUAAUGAAUCUCGGACUUAGAUAAAAAAUUACUUGUCAUUGUAUGUUUGUUCAGCUGUGCUUAUAAUGAGAAAAGAGAAACUGAUAAACGGGUUCAGGAAGAUCACAGACCUUGCAUCUGGAAACCCAUUUCAAAGUCACAAGGGAGGAAACUGGAGUUGUACCAAAUGUCAUUUGUAAUGUCAACCAUUGUAAAGGUAGAAAGGUGAGAGUGAGGAAGAGCGGUUUUCCUUCAUCUCCUGAUGACCCCUCCACACCAAAACGACCCCCUCCUCAAAUUGGGGAGCCAACCAUGCAGGUGUAAUGACUUUUUAAACUGAUUACCGUACAUUUUAAUCCAAAGUGGGGAACGGAAAGUGUUAGCAUUAUGCAUAUGCAUUAGUAUUAAUAUGUAUUAGUAUUUUGGAUAUUCAAGACUUUUGUAAAUAAAUUCACACUGGAAUCUUUUGUCAACUUGCAGUGCGUAUUAAGGGGUGACUCCCGCACUCGCCCAGUGCUGUGAUUAAACAUCCACUGUGUAACUUUAAA